UGUAGGCAUGUCAGGAUCAGGAUUGGCCCCAGAGGAGCCUCGGACCUCCAGUCCUCCCAGCACAGCCAGUGCUCCGCAGCCUGCUCCGGCUGCUGGCGGACCUGGAGGCCCAAGCGACGUUGCCUUCAGUGAGCAAAACCUUAGCUUCACCACCACAGAACUCAGCCUGGUGGAGAUGACGGAAAUAGAGUACACCCAGCUCCAGCACAUACUUUACUCACACGCGGAGGAGGGACAAGCUGCUGAAGGUGAAGUAGAAGCCAGGGUCAGUUCUGCUUUCUUAGCUGGCAGCUCCGCAGAGCCCCCUCUGCCCCAGGCCUCGGCGAACCCCAGGCGGUUCUUCCCGGUUAUCUGCCAGUCAGCAUUACCUCCCGACGGCAAUUUGCUAAGUUCAAGCCCAUGUGUGGGCCACGUUGACUUCCAGGAGCUCAGAAUGAUGUUACUCAGUGAGUCCAACCCCCCUGCGAACCAAGCAGAUAAAACGCCCAAGGGUAGUAGCUCUGUAGAAGUCGCAGGACACAGUUUAGUAAAGGUUAAACAUGGUGACAGUUCUGUUGGGACAAAUAAAGAAAACAUUCCUGUCGAAAAUUCGGCACUGCCAUCAGAGUCUAGAUCUAAAUCUGCAGUCAGAGUUCGAUUGGAAGACAGAUUCAACAGCAUCCAGACAGAAAACCCCAGAUGCCAAGAACCCCAAGAAUCUGGAGUAACUCUUAACAAUUUAGUAACAUUGAUUCAACAGUCAACAGAACUGAUAGGUGUUCCUCUUCAUCAGCAUCAAAACAAGUGUGCUACAUUGGUGAACAAUAAGACCGUACCUACCACACCUUCUUUACAGUUCACAUAUCCAUUGCUUACGAUGAACACGUGUUCUGCUUCUGGGAGUGCUAAUCCUUCACAAGUACAGACCUCUGGAACAUCUUGCACUAUCUUGGAAGCUGCCAAACAUCAGGACCUUGGGAUACCCAGAACGUUUUCUUUCUGUUACCAUCAGGAAAUUGAAUCCGCAAAGCAGACAGUAGGUGCUAUGAAUAACGCUUUGCCUGAGGAAGUUUGGAUUAAAGUUGAAGAAGACACAUUAUGCAAGCAAGCAAUAAGCAAAAGAAGUUGCAGCCGAGUAAGCCCGUUGGAAGCAAACGUAGAUCGCAAACCUCUUAGUGACAUUCAAAAUAUGUGUGAUAGCCAGAGCACUGUGCCUGCACAGGGCUCCUGGCAGUCAGCACAGUCCAAUCCAAGCGUGCAGGUGCAGAGUGGUACACAGGAAGGAGUUGCUCAGCGAAGAGAAAGACAUAACCGCAUGGAGAGAGACAGAAGGCGCAGAAUCCGGAUUUGCUGUGAUGAACUGAAUCUGCUGGUUCCAUUCUGUACUGCUGAUACUGAUAAAGCAACAACAUUACAAUGGACAACGGCAUUUCUCAAGUACAUUCAGGAAAAGCACGGCGAUUCGCUGAAACAGGAAUUUGAGACUGUGUUCUGUGGUAAAACAGGCAGGAGACUAAAAAUAGCAAGUUCAGACUCGUUUGUAACGUGUCCACUGCAGGAAAACAUGCAUGGCUAUGAAGACCAAGUAGCUUGAACUGACUGCCUUGAACUGUAUGGAAAGCGUGGAUAAAUAAGUGACCCCCCCCUUUUUUUUUUUCCUGUUUACAUGCUGGGAUUCAUCUGAUUGUGAUGAAUUUGAUAUGCUCCAGGAGUGACUUUCAAAAUAUAACUUGUAAAAAUGCAUAAAUAGAGCUUAACAGAAAACAGUCUUCAUUCAAAAUGGAAAUGAAAAUUGACUGCCAGCAAUAUAAAUCAGUGUUCUGUUAAAGGGGCUUUGGGACUAGAGGCAAUAAGAAAUUGUCGUGAUGCCUUAUUUUUCUCUUUUUGCUCUUUUUCUGUUUGUGGUUGUGCUCUUCUUCCUUUAUUUUUUUAAGGUGAUACAGUACAGUUAGGACUUGUAGAACAUCAGCCUAUUCUGUUAUUUUAAUGACUAGAGGCAAAUGUAUUCUUUAAAUGUAAAAAGGAAUUAAAGGUACCAUAUUAAA